ACGCAUCGCCCCCUUAAAAACAUAUGACAGAGUACCAACUCGGAUCGAUCUGAAUAGACUCUCACUCUCUCUCGUGGCGUAAUUCCUAAGAAACUGCGUCCCUCUCUCAGCUCUGCCGGCGGGGUCAACGAUGAAUAGGAAUCUGCGGGAAUCUCUGACGGGAGGACGGAACAUUCAGUUCCGAAGAGGUCCCAGCCUCAAUGGAUUCUCCAAGGAUUUCAGCGAGAAUCUGGAUCUCUUCUCCACAAGCCGCCGCUCCUUCCCCUUACCUUCCGCCGACGAUUCCUCUGAUGUUUCCGUGAAACUCGGAAGACUCUCUGCGGCAUCCAUAACACUAACCAAGGCUAGAGCAGAUGAUCUCUUGUGUUCGACAGGAGGAGGAAAGCAUGACUACGACUGGCUUCUCACUCCUCCUGGAACACCUCUCGGAAGCCAAUCGCCUCCGAAGACCAUUUCUUCAUUUAGAUCUAAUUCUGCAGCAAAGGCAUCAAGGCUUUCAGUUUCGCAUUCAGAAAGCAAUUACCAAUCCUCAAGACCAGCCAGAAGUAGUAGCUCUGUUACUCGCCCUUCCAUCUCUACUUCACAAUACAGUUCAUAUUCUCUGAGCCGGUCACCAUCUUCUCUCCUGAACACAAGCUCUGCUUCAGUGUCAUCCUACAUUAGACCUUCGUCUCCAAUCACCCGUUCUUCAUCUACAGCGAGGCCUUCCACUCCCACUCGUACCACCUCAUCAAGGGCCUCUACUCCUUCAAGAAUACGUCCAAGCUCAUCUAAUUCAUGCAUAGACAAGACGAAACCAUCCCUGGUGUCAAGGCCUUCUACUCCAACUUCUAGGCCACAGCUUUCAGCAAACUCGAGUGCGAUUGCUUCUAGACCUAGUACCCGUCCUUCAACUCCUACACGUCGAAACCCAUCCACCUCAGUAUCUGCAUCAUCAGGACCCUAUGUUUCAGGUGGACGUGCUGCAUCAAAUGGACGUAUGGCAGUUUCAUUGUCUAGGCCAAGCUCCCCUGGACCUAGAGACCGACCACCCCAACAGCCAAUCGUGCCAUCAGAUUUCCCUCUUGAGACACCGCCAAAUCUCAGAACAACUCUGCCAGACAGACCAAUUUCUGCUGGCAGAUCCCGGCCAGCGGCUGCUACUGCAACAAAGGCGAGUCCAGAGCCUAAAGGGCCGAUGACAAAAAGGAAUCCGUCUCCUGUUGUUGGAAGAGGAAGACUAACAGAGACACCUGGGAGGAGCCAUGUCAGUGGUAAUGGGAGGUACCUCACAGAUGCUUCAGAGUCCCAGAAGGUUUCGAACGUGUCAGCCACAAUGUCUCGGAGAAGUGUGAAGUCGUCUGCAUCUGUCACAGACAAUGGGCCUGGGAGGCCAUUCUCAAAAAGUUCACUCGAUAUGCCCGUCAGGCACAUGGACACGAGAAACGGGAAGGGGAGUUCAAGCACGAAAAGCAUUAGGGCGGCCACACCGAGGAUUCAGUCUAUCCGUUCAGCAAAUGAGACAGAUUCCAUCAACAGCCACAGCAGGGACUUGACGAAGAAUGGGGCAAAGGAAGGAAGAUUGGUGGGGAAGCUGAGUGAGAGGGACAUGUACGAGAGCUCCCGCUACGAUGCGCUGUUUCUGAAAGAGGACAUGAAGAACAUGAACUGGUUGCACAGCAUUGAUGACAAGUCAUCAGACCAAGCACUUGGCUUUGACAGUGGGUUCGAGCUGCUUCCAGAGCCCUUUGCCCCGUUAUGACACAUUGGGUUCCUCCUCCUCUCUAUUCUUUCCUUGUGACGGAGUAUAGUUUGAUUGGAGCUGUGAUGACAGCGUUCCGUCCUAGGCAAAUGGGAGAAGGAACUAGGAAGUAGUACAAGAAACUGGAAAGGAAUCCGAGGCCUAAUAUGUAUUUGAGGAACUGAAGAUGUUCUCUUUCGACCAGUCCUCUCUCAUUCUUUGACCCCAAGCCAAUUCUCUUCUCCUUUCAAGUUUUUCCAUUCUAUUUUGAAUCAACUUUCGUCUUA